AAAGAAAGAAAGAAAGAAAGAAAGAAAGAAAGACCCUCCCAAAAUGUCCUUCUCCAACCUCAUCUCCUCCGCCCUCUCCUCCGAACUCGGCGACUUCACCUCCGCCCAAACCCACGCCCAGAACAACCACUCCUCGACCGACCCCUCGCUGUUCUCCUCCGCGCUGUCCUUCCUCUCCGAGCGCAAGUCCCAGAUCGCCGAGCAAUCCGACGACAUCGACGAGGAGCAUCUCGUGCAAUCCCACCAAGCCCUUUACAACGGUGGUGGCAGCGGUGGAUAUGGUGGUGAGCAGCAACAGCAACAACAGCAACAGCACGACAGCAGCUCCCUCGGCGCGGGAGCCGCGAUGCAAGCGCUGAAGAUGUUCUCGUCGGGCGGGGGAAGCGGCGACAAGAAUGAGUUUAUUGGGAUGGCGAUGGCGCAGGCCGGGAAGCUGUGGGAGGAGAAUGCGGGGGGGGGCAAUGUGUCCGGCUCCAAGCAAUCGGCCAUCAACUCGGCCGCGGAGAUGGCGUUUAAGAUGUACCUGAAGGGGAGCGGGUCGAGUGGCACGGGCGGUCCGGCGGGGUUGAUGAGUUUGGCGAGUAAGUUUUUGUAAACUUCUCAACUUCUCAACUUUUCUCCUCAACUUCGUUCGACCUUGGUUUGAGCUUGAGACUUGAGUUUUGGACGUGAGACUUAAGACGAAGCAAGGUUAGGUUGAGUCUUUGGAUGAGAGGAGGGUUGAAUUGGUGGAUUUGAAUGGAUAGGCUGUGUAUAUGCGUGGAUGUUUACGAGGGGGGGUGGUUGUUUGAUAUUUAUACUCUGGUUCAUGAGCAUAUUCUUGAUAUUGUUCAUACUAUGGGGUUGCACGUACAAUCUGUCUAUUUAUCAUGAUCAUGAUCACGACUUACUCUCCAUCUACAUCGAGUAUGUAUAUACAUCUAGUCUUAUUCUCGUCUCACGCUACAUACAUGUAUGAGUUCUCUAUCGCUCGCUGUCUGUGAUCGGCCGUCUUCACCACUCA